AUGAGUGGGCUUCUUCUUGGAAGGCCCUGGUUUAGACCAGGAGCUCGAUCGCCGAGUUCUAGACCUGCUGGACACCCGCGCGGACCGACACCACCACCAACAACAAACCUACUCGACGCCGUUAUCGCCGACCACCAACACAAGCUUCCCUCCGGACCGAGCAAGCAGACUCUCUACGAGGCAUUUGGCGAGCACACCGCCGCGGGAGGCGCCGUCUCCGAUCAUCUGGGCUAUUCCGUCGUCUCCACCCUCUUGACCCCGCGAGCCCCCAACGAUGCAGAGUUCCCCGACCAGGUGCCGGACGCGGACAAAGAGCUGGCACUGCGCGUGCUGGAGUACCUGUCCCUGCAGGGGACGCCGGUCCUCGUCAUGGGAACGUUCGCUAUGCUCUACCAGGCCGCUAUCUUUUCCCCACCGCAGCCUCGCACCACGGUCGAUACCAACACGGAUGAUGAUUUCUUUGCACCCAGCCCAUCCGCCAGGAAUCAAGACGACACCGACAUCGACACAACCACCCGGAUCUCGCGAAUGAUCACCGCGCUCCACCUCCCCUACCACCCGGACGACGCGCGAAGACUCAUGACCAUGCUGUUCCAGAACGGCGACGACGAGACCUUCUGGAAGCUAUGGCGCCGGAUCCCGCUGCAGGGAGCGCCGCGCAGCGCCGAAGACUACGUGAUGCUGUUCCGCCUGCACGCGCAGCUGGGGGAUCCGCGCCGCGCGGAACGCUGCGUGCUGAUGUGGUUCCCCAUGAUGGCGCGCGAGGGACUCCCGGCUUCGGCUGCGCAGGGGGAGAUCGCGCGGCUGGUUGUGCGUUGUAUCGACCUUCCGGAGUUGGGAACCCUGAAGCGGGUCUCCGAGGGCAGGCAGUUGGAUCAGUUGAUGCAGAUCCGGGAUGAGGCUAUCCAGGCGGCUGCCACAGGAUCUAAAGGGGAGACUGAGCAUCCGCGCAAUCGGUGA